CUGAGAUCCUUGUCAGGAGGAAGGCACAAGGCUUCCUUGUUCAGGGCAGCAGGCCACCUUUCGCACUGUGGCCUGAAGCCAAAGACCCUGCUCUCGUCUCACCUGGAGCCCACUUUGCCAGGUAGACAAAGGCCAUGGAGAUGAGCUGCUCGAGUUUCCUGGACGUUCUCUUUGAGGGGCAGGAUGAAACGGAGGCCAGCGAUUCCUUCUCGGCCGCAGAGUCCAAGUUCAAUUUUCCGCUCCCAGACCAUGCCUACGGAUGCGUUUCAGAGAAAACCUAUGAGACCUGGGCAUCCAGCGGCAUUCAGGUUACAAGCGACAGCGAUGCAGAAGAUCUCUUCCAACUGCUCAUCCAUCAGAGUGAUGUCUACAAUUCCCAGAGUCCGGUUGCCUCUCCGGAAAGUGACAGCGGGAUUUCUGAUUAUCCCCUUGCAGACACGCCUUUGCCAAGCGAUUUGGAGCCCCCUGACCUAUCAUCCACGGUCAUCUAUGAGGUUGUCUGUGACACAGGUGUGGUGGAGGAGGCGGCUCUUCCCGUUGGUAUCUUCUCAGGUCCAUUAGAGAACUGGACACCCCUAACAAUGCUGCCUGAGGCCUCUGUGAUGAAUGAAGUGUCACCAGGAUUUCUUGAGAACACAGCCGGACCCAACAUUGUAGAGACUCCCACGGAUCAGCAUCAUCUCCAGAGCGUCUGUUUGACGGAUGAGGAGCGGCGGCUUCUGAGCCUGGAAGGGGUCCUACUCCGGAGCGACCUCCCCCUCACCAAGGCAGAGGAGCGGAUCCUGAAAAAAGUACGGAGGAAAAUCCGGAACAAGCAAUCGGCUCAGGACAGCCGCCGACGCAAGAAGGAGUACAUAGACGGCUUGGAGAAUCGGGUGGCAGCCUGUUCAACCCAGAACCAGGAGCUGAGAAAGAAAAUCCAGGACCUGGAGAUGCACAACAUGUCACUCCUGGACCAGCUGCAGAAACUGCAAGGGCUCUUCAAGAAGACUUCCACCAAAGCGGCUCAGACCAGUACCUGCCUCCUGAUCCUUAUCUUCUCUCUUGGACUUUUUAUCCUUCCCAGUUGCAGCUCCUUGUUUGGUGGAACCCAACUCAGUCGGGAUGGUUACAAACCGUCUGGAGUGAUCUCCCGCAACAUCUUGAACCAAGGUGGACUUUCUGAGCUGAAAGAAACCGGCACCACCGCCACCGAUGAUCCUGAAUCGCCCCACGUUCAGACGGAAAUGCUGCCGGAGGAUCCUGGAAUUGGGGAUUUGGGGCAAGGAACGGAUGGGGGCUUUCACAUUAUCGGAGGACGGGCCUUUACAAAUCGAUAUGAUCUGGAGUCACCUAAGAACAUCCCAACCCAACCGAAGGAAAGUUCGUUGGCCAAAGAGAAAAGGCCUGAAGCGGACAAAGACUCAGCGAAGCAGAUUCAUGCCGAUGAGAUGUAGAUUCUCCAAGACUGUGGUCUUAUAGGCUUUCAGGACUGAGCAGGGCUCAGCUAUAUCUGGGAUGAUGGAAAAGGAUGGAUAUCUAUGACUAGGGAACAAAUUAGUGCCAUUUCUUGGCAUCUUAUUCCUAAAAAUGGAUGCUAGUACUGGCCUCCAGCGAUCCCUUUUCAAGCUGGACAGUAGCUAUGGCUGAGCCAUGUGUUUAUGUGGAAGUAACCAAGGGUAUCUCUAAGCAUAUACAGAGAGCAUUGUCCUCUCUUGUAAGGAAGGAAAUGCUGCAGAGACAGAUGUGGGAAUUUUGUGCGUGAAGCAAAGUUUGUGCACAGUGCAGAAAGCAAAAGUGUCACUAUUUCAGUCACCCAUUUUUAAAAGCGUUGGGUUUUGGAAUAUUUCGGGAUUCGGGAUUCCAGGUAAGGCAGACUCAACCAUUAUAUGAUGCCAAAGAAAUUGCUUCGGAACAUAUGAAAGAGUUUCCAAUGUGGAAAUGCGAGCAAUGUGAAGGGACGUUUUAUUGUAUGUGGUGGACAUGUGAACAAGCUUUUUUGAAAAAUAGAUUCAAAUCUGUACGUUGAUGCAGAGCAUUUUAAAGGGCAAUAUUCAAUUAAAACUGGAACUGUUUCUUUUGGGACCGUUGGAUUCACUCACGGAAGAAUACUUCAGUAUAUGACCGCAGCAGCGAGACUGUCGCAUGCGCAAAGAUAGAAAAAUUCAGCAUGACCUGCUAUAGAGGAACGGUGGUUGAAAUUAACAGAUGUAGCAGAAAUGUACAGAUAAGGAGAAUCAAAAGAAUCUGAAUCAGAGAAGGAGAAUCAGAAAUCUCAUCUUUUCCUUUGCAUCCUUUACUCGUUUCUAUUUCUUCCUUCUUUCGUACAACUUUUGUAGUUCUUAAAACGUUGAAUAAAAAUAAGUUUUAAGAAAGGUCUCUAGCCUCCGGGGUAUAAUUUGUCUUUUCCGGCAGUUAAGGCGUGCAAAUGAAGCUAUUUUUCUUUUAUGUUUUUAGAGAAAUCGGGACGGAUGAUGGGCGACGGGAGCCGGAGAGUGAGUCAAGCGGCAUCUGAGUCAGGACUGAAGUCAUCCCUCUAGGGAACGCUGCCAAAAGCGACUUGACAAAAGACGGCGGUGGAAACUUUACGUUCAUUUGUCCUUUUUUAAUCGUGCGAUUAGAGCUGUCUUCUUCAAACUGCUGCCAGCCAGAUGUGGGUGGCAUUUUAUGUCCUUGACGUUGUUAUUUUUACCACAACUCCCAUCAACCCCAGUCGGCAUUGGGAACGAUGGGCAUUGCAGCGCAAUGUAUCUGCAAAGUGUGGCCGUCGGGUGCAAAACAGACGUGACGGUUCUGUUGCACAGGUCCAGAAACACGGCAGAAAUUACCCAGUUUGAGACCGUUUGAAGUGCCCUGGCUCGGUGCUAGAGAAUCCUGGGAAUUGUAGUUUCGGGAGACAUAAAUAAAAGCAGAUUAUGA